GCAGGGGUGUGGGGCUGAUAGGCUCGCCCGGAGGAAAGCGCAUUACGUAGGCAAGCGGCUCCGCUCAACUUGCCACCUGCGCCGGGAGAGCCGCCGGGGAAGCGAGACCCUGCCGGAGCCCCUCGCCCAUCGCUGGCCGCCCACCCGUCCUCCGCCAUGGACUGCUGCAAUGAGGGAGCCUGCACGAAGCUGGACGAGGACAUCCUGGAUAUCCCCUUGGACGAUCCCGACGCCAACGCGGCGGCUGCCAAGAUCCAGGCUAGCUUCCGUGGCCACAUGACCCGCAAGAAGAUCAAAGGGGGCGAGAUCGAUCGGAAAACCAAGGACGCCGAGUGUGCCAACAGCACCCGCGGCGGUGACCUCCGCAACGGCGACUAGGGGCCGCCAGGCGCUCGCCACACCCCCCUCGCCGCCGAACCCCCACCGCCCGCCGAGGCCCAGGAGCCCCUGCUUUGCCCCGCCGCCCCCGCAUGCGCCCCCCGGGGCCCCCCUGCCGCCGGGCCCUGCCCCCGCCCCCGGCCGUCCCCCCCAGCCCCGGCCGCCCCCCGCCCCAAUAAACGUCCCUGCCAGAG